AUGGACCUGAGGUGUGCCUGGAUGCUCUGCGUGCUCUGCCUCGUCCUCACCGUCCGAGCCUUUACCCAGGAACGCUUCAAGGAGGCGGUGCUGAAGCAGCUGGGGCUGUCCGAGGUCCCUAAACUUCAUUCGAGAGACUUGGUGGAUGUGGUUAUCCCAGAGCACGUCAAGAGCAAGUACAUGUCCAUGCUGAAGCGGCAGAGGGUGAAGCGCCGAGCCCUGCCGAGCAUCCUCAGGGGCAUCCCGGGAUACACAGGGGAAGUCCUCUACUCCGACACAACCACGCGCCAGAAGCUGGUGUUCGACAUGGAAGGCAGAAUACCCAAAAACAGCGAAGUCACGAUGGCUGAACUGAAACUAUUCAAAAAGCCUGUGGACAGGGCAAACCUUCCUGCCAGGCAGUCCCACAGGCCCGUCUCCAACGCCAGAGUCAGCGUGUACUGGGUGCAGCAGCAGCACGACGGCACCAACAGCACCUCCCUGGUAGAUUCCAGGCUGGUUCCUAUCCGUGAGUCGGGCUGGAAGAGCUUUGAUGUGACCCAGGCCGUGCAUUACUGGCUGCGAAGCAAGGGGCGGGAGCCGAUGCUCCUGGAGGUGCGGAUCGAAGGGGAGAGGCUGGGCAGCCACGCCUCGGAAAUGGCCAAAGCCGUGCGCUUCACCUCGCAGGAGCCCAGGGACAAAGCCCUGGGCAAGCCUGAGCUGGUGCUUUACACCCUCAACUUGGACGACUACGGGAGCUCCGGGGACUGCAGGGAGGAGGCGGCGCUGGGGAAAUCCACCUGCUGCCGGCAGAAGCACUACAUCAGCCUGCGGGACCUGCCCUGGGUCCUGGAGCCGGCGGGGUUCCAGGCGUUCCGCUGCUCCGGGGGCUGCCUGCAGCCGCCCCGCCGCCCCGGCUCCGGGCAGCGCUCCUGCGCCGUGGCCGCCAGCUCGGCGCUGCCCAUCAUCUACCUCGUCAAGAGGGGCAACCACACCGAGAUCGAGGCGGCCGAGUUCCCCAACAUGAUCGUGGAGAGGUGCAGCUGUGUCACGGACGGUGUGGCGCUGGUGUGA